AUGGAUGCCGCCGGGCUGGCCUUUGCGGCGUACAAGGACGUUUAUUUCCUAGCCAAAGGCAUAUAUCGACUGGGAAUGUCGGCACAGCACUACAAAGAGGAAAACCACCAGCUCCUAGUCAAAUUCCGCACCCAAUGUCUGUACUUGCGGAUGUUCAAGCACUUCUUCAUUUCUGUAAUCGGAAGUGGAUCUACACAGGAGCCGGCUGAAAUCGCAAUCCUGAUAAAUCAAGUGGACGGAGUCAUCAACUGCCUUGGACAGGCCCUCGCGCGCUACCGUGACCUGGUUCACGCGGAAGACGAGGAAUACCGUAAACAGAGUGAGUCUUUGACCCGGGACAACGCCAGUUCGGAAGGACUGCUCGCGAUCACUCUGGGCGACAUAUUGCCCCCUCCACCUCUGCUUCAGCCCAACGCCUCAACAAUAUCAUUCAAGGACCAGCCCAUCUUCAGUGUCAGUGCCUUGAAAUGGGCCUUGUUCGAUCGGUCUACGCUUAAAAAGGCCGUUGACAGCUUUCGGGAGUGGAACGCCGAGCUGAAAGUUUUCGAACCAUUGAUCGUUGCGACCCUGUUCGUCACAUACGACGCCCGGCAAACUCUGGAGGCUACGAUCAAGAAUCUCGCGGUUGGCGGAGAAUUCCGCAUUGCCUGGGUUCCAGCUGUUGGUCCCGAUACGUCGCAGGCUGGCACAGCAUCUACUGAGGUACCUCCUGAAACACGACUGGAGAAGAAGACUUAUCCUCCGUAUGGGGAGGAGAGUGCCAAGGUUAAAGAGGCUCUGAGCCAAUUAGCGGCUUUGUUGGGAGCUGCCAGCGCGCACGAUUUUCAUACACUUCCUCUGAAGAGCUGUGUCGAUAACUCGGUCGAGCACCAGUUCUUCUUCUCAUUCGGGUAUCCCGAAGGCGCGUCUGACCGUGCACCGGUUAGCUUACAGGCGAUACUCUCGAAGAAGCCGGGCGCCCUGUCUCUGCCUCUACGUUUCCACAUCGCGCUUACCAUUUCCCGCGCCAUCGCUGCCUUUCACGCCGACGGGUGGCUCCACAAGGAGAUCAGCAGCAGCUCGAUUCUAUUCUUCUUUGACGAGGGUGGCCGCUGCAUGUAUCUCCAACCCUACCUCGUCAACUUUGAGUACUCGCGGCCAGACACGGCCGAGACCAACAUGACGGCCGACGAUGACCUCGCCCGGAACGUCUACCGCCACCCGGAUCGCCAGGGAUCGCGGCCAAAUGUCCGUUUCGACAAGACGCACGACUUGUACUCCCUGGGAGUGGUUCUCCUGGAGAUUGGCGUAUGGCAGACCGCAUUGUCGAUGAGGAAUGACAGGUUAAAGCAGGAGGGCAUCUUCUCCAGUCGCAACGUUGGGCCGACACAGGAGAUUUUUGAAACCAAAACCAAGGAAUGGCUGGGACACACCAUGGGACCAGCGUACCAAAAAGCCGUGGAAGCUUGCCUGAAUGGGACGUUUGAAGCGUUCCUGCGCAGGGACAGCAUAUUCGCAUUGCAAUUUCAGAGCAAGGUGGUGAAGAGAGUGGACCCAGAUCGGGUCAGGCAGGUGGAGGAGGAAGCAGAUUAG